AUGCAGAGAAAUCCAGAGCGUUCCAACGAUACCAAGAUCGCCUUUUUCCGACCAAGACCGCCCAAGCCCCUCGCGGCCCCUUCGCGGCCCGUCGCCUCCCUUCCAGGCCCCUCGCGGCCCCUUCGCGGCCCCGUCGCCGCCCCUAUCGGCCCCGUCGCCGCCGCCUGCGGCCCCGUCGCCGACCUCUCAGGCCCCUCGCGGCCCCUUCGCGGCCUCGUCGCCGCCCCUAUCGGCCCCGUCGCCGCCGCCAGCGGCCCCGUCGCUGCCCCUAACGGCCCCGUCGCCGCCCCUAUCGGCCCUGUCGCCGCCGCGAGCGGCCCCGUCGCCGACCCUAGCGGCCCUGCCGCCGCCAGCGGCCCCGUCGCCGACCCUAGCGGCCCCGUCGCCGCCUGCGGCCCCCUCGCCGACCCUAGCGGCCCCGUCGCGGCCCCUAUCGGCCCCGUCGCCGCCUCCAGCGGCCCCGUCGCCGCCACUUGCGGCCCCGUCGCCGCCCCUUUCGGCCCCUCCUCGACCCUGCCCCGGCCCCGCCCCGGCCAUGCCCCGUCGCCAGCCACGGGUCUGGGGGUGGCGAGUAGGGGGUGA